UUGUGCUGGAGCUCCAAGCAGUGGAGCGGUUGCAUGUGCACUUAUCAACACUAACAGAAGAAGCUCGGUAGAGUUAAGAUGGCGGCAUGUGGGUGAGGAGGCAGGGAUCCAAACUCUUGGUUUUUCGCAAUUAAACGAUUCCUAUGAACGCACAUACGUACAGUAUUUGAAGGAAUAACAGUUUCCACACCGUUCACGCAUCUGUGUGUGAUUUUGGACUGACUCCAUGACAUCUAUUCACUUCGUUGUUCACCCGUUGCCGGGGACCGAGGAUCAGCUCAAUGACAGGCUUCGGGAAGUCUCAGAGAAACUCAACAAAUACAGCUACAACAGUCAUCCGCAUCUUAGUCUGCUGGAGCAGGCCACCCUAAAGCAGUGUGUUGUUGGUCCGAACCACGCCGGGUUUCUCCUGGAGGAUGGACGGGUUUGCAGAAUCAGCUUUGCUGUUCAGCCCGAUCGCCUGGAGCUCAGCAAACCGGAUGGCAGCGAUGGUUCAAAGUUGAGCAGUGGUUCAGGGACAGGAAGGAGCUCCAGGCCAGGCAGGACCAGUGAUCCACCCUGGUUCCUGUCUGGUUCUGACACACUGGGCAGACUGGCAGGCAACACCCUUGGGAGUCGCUGGAGCUCCGGGGUGAACGGAGGCAGCGGAGGAGGUGGGAGCGGAGGAGGAGCAGGAGGCGGUGGCGGAGCAGGAGGCGGUAGCAGCAGUGGAGGCGGAGGAGGAGGGAGUGGAGGAGGAGGCGGCGGCGGUGGAGGUGGGAGUACGUCAGGCAGGUCAUCAACGGCGGCUCGCGAUUCCCGCCGCCAGACCAGAGUGAUCCGCACGGGAAGGGACCGUGGCUCUGGGCUUCUUGGCAGCCAGCCACAGCCAGUCAUCCCAGCAUCAGUCAUUCCAGAAGAGCUCAUUACGCAGGCCCAGGUUGUCCUACAGGGGAAGUCAAGAAGCGUCAUCAUCAGGGAACUCCAACGGACUAACCUUGACGUUAACCUCGCUGUCAAUAACUUGCUGAGUCGUGAUGACGAAGAUGGAGACGAUGGCGACGACACAGCCAGCGAGUCCUAUCUCCCAGGAGAAGACUUGAUGUCCCUGUUGGACGCGGACAUCCACUCGGCUCAUCCCAGCGUCAUCAUCGACGCCGAUGCCAUGUUCUCCGAGGACAUUAGCUACUUCGGCUACCCAUCUUUCAGACGCUCCUCGCUGUCACGGCUGGGAUCCUCCAGAGUUCUCCUUCUUCCCUUAGAGCGUGACUCAGAGCUGUUGCGCGAGCGUGAGUCUGUGCUGAGGUUACGAGAGCGCCGGUGGCUCGAUGGGGCGACGUUUGACACGGAGCGAGGUUCGACGAGCCGCGAGGGCGAGCCCAGCCUCGACAAGAAGAGCAUCCCCGUCCAGAGCCCCGUCUCGCUGGGAGAGGAGCUGCAGUGGUGGCCCGACAAGGAUGGUGUGAAGUUUGUGAGCAUUGGAGCUUUGUUCUCAGAGCUGGUGGCGGUGAGCUCCAAAGGAGAGCUUUAUCAGUGGAAGUGGAGCGAACCUGAACCGUACAGGAAUACACAGAAUCCCUCCAUUCACCACCCUCGUGUUUCCUUCCUGGGCCUGGCUAAUGAGAAGAUCACGUUACUGGCUGCUAAUAGCAUCAGAGCUACUGUAGCAACAGAGAGCAACAAGGUGGCCACCUGGGUGGAUGACACACUAAGCACAGUGGCCUCUAAGCUGGAGCACAGUGCCCAGUCUUUCCCAGAGCUGCAGGGGGAACGCAUGGUGUCACUGCACUCAUGUGCACUUUACACAUGUGCACAGAUGGAGAACAGCCUCUACUGGUGGGGUGUUGUGCCUUUUAGUCAAAGGAAGAAAAUGCUUGAGAAAGCGAGAGCCAAGAACAAAAAGCCAAAGUCCAGUGCUGGCAUCUCCUCAAUACCAAACAUCACUGUGGGAACGCAGGUGUGUUUGAGGAAUAAUCCCCUCUACCAUGCCGGUGCAGUGGCCUUUUCUGUCAGUGCCGGAAUCCCCAAAGUGGGCGUCCUGUUGGAGUCCGUCUGGAACAUGAACGACAGCUGCAGGUUCCAGCUGCGCUCACCGGAGAGCCUCAAAAACAUGGAGAAGACCACAAAGACCCAGGAAAUCAAGAUGGAAAGUAAGCCUGAGCUGGUGAAGACUGAGAUGGGUCCUCCUCCAUCCCCUGCAUCCACCUGUAGUGAUACCUCUUCCAUUGCUAGCAGUGCCUCACUGCCCUACAAGCGCAGACGUUCGACCCCAGCUCCAAAGGAGGAAGAGAAGGUGAACGAGGAGCAGUGGCCUCUCAGGGAGGUGGUGUUUGUGGAAGACGUUAAAAACGUUCCCGUUGGGAAGGUGCUGAAGGUGGAUGGUGCGUACGUUGCUGUGAAGUUCCCCGGAACAUCAAGUAGCAUGACAAACCAAAGCAGUGCUCCUCCUCCAGACUCGGAUCCAUCCUCACUGUUACAGGACUGCAGGCUCCUCAGGAUAGACGAACUACAGGUGGUCAAAACCGGAGGAACCCCGAAGGUUCCCGAUUGCUUUCAGCGAACGCCCAAAAAGCUCUGCAUCCCAGAGAAGGCUGUAAUCCUGGCUGUAAAUGUUGACUCCAAAGGAGUCCAUGCAGUUCUGAAAACCGGUAACUGGGUAAGGUACUGCAUCUUUGACCUGGCCACAGGCAAAGCUGAGCAGGAGAAUAACUUUCCUACAAGCAACCUGGCUUUCCUGGGGCAGAGCGAGUGCAACGUGGCCAUCUUUACUGCAGGACAGGAGUCUCCCAUCAUCCUCCGGGACGGGAAUGGCACCAUCUAUCCCAUGGCUAAAGACUGCAUGGGGGGAAUUCGGGACCCUGACUGGUUGGACCUGCCUCCUAUAAACAGCCUGGGUAUGGGGGUGCAUUCUCUGGUCAACCUGCCAUCCAACUCCACCAUUAAAAAGAAAGCUGCUAUCAUUAUUAUGGCUGUCGAGAAACAGACGCUGAUGCAGCACGUCCUGCGCUGCGACUACGAGGCGUGCCGGCAGUACCUGAUGAACCUGGAGCAGGCCUUCCUUCUGGAUGAGGGCGGCCAGGGCCUCGGGGCACUGCUGGGCCAUCGCUGCGACGGAAACCGCAACAUUUUCCACGCCGCCGUCUCUGUCUGCUUCCCUGUUAGCAACAAAGAGACCAAAGAGGAAGAAGAAGCCGAAAGGUCAGAGAGAAACACGUUUGCAGAGCGUCUGUCUGCUGUGGAAGCCAUCGCCAACGCCAUCUCUGUGGUGUCGAGCAACAGCUCUGGAAACAGGACCGGCUCCUCCAGUAGCAGAGGGCUCCGUCUAAGGGAGAUGAUGCGGAGGUCUCUUAGAGCAGCAGGCCUCGGCCGCCACGAGUCCGGGCCGUCCUCCGGUGACCACCAGGACCCCGUCUCCCCACCCAUCGCCCCGUCAAGUUGGGUCCCAGACCCUCCACCUAUGGACCCUGAUGGUGACAUUGACUUCAUUCUUGCACCAGCAGUUGGUUCACUCACCACAGCUUCCUCUGGUUCUAACCAGGGGCCCAGCACCUCCACCAUACCAGGACCGUCAACAGAGACAUCAGUGGUGGAGUCUAAAGACAGGAAGGCCAACGCUCACCUCAUCCUGAAGCUGAUGUGUGACAGCGUCGUUCUGAGGCCACACCUAUGGGAACUGCUUUCUGCAAAGGAUGCCAGAGGAAUGACCCCCUUCAUGCUGGCUGUCAGCGGCAGAGCCUACCCAGCUGCUAUCACUGUGCUUGAGGCCGCUCAAAAAAUAGCCAAGAUGGCCGACCCGGAGAAAGAUGAUGCAGAUUCUAUGUUUAUGGAGAUGAUUUGCCCUGCUGGAACCAACCCAGAUGAUUCUCCGCUUUAUGUCCUCUGCUGCAACGACACCUGUAGUUUCACUUGGACCGGAGCGGAGCACAUUAACCAGGACAUAUUCGAGUGUCGAACAUGCGGCCUGCUUGAGUCUCUCUGCUGCUGCACAGAGUGUGCCAGAGUGUGUCACAAAGGACAUGACUGCAAGUUGAAAAGGACUUCCCCUACAGCUUACUGUGACUGUUGGGAGAAAUGCAAGUGCAAAACACUGAUAGCGGGCCAGAAGGCUGCCCGCCUGGAUUUGCUCUACAGGUUGCUAACGACAACAAACCUGGUCACUACACCAAACAGCAGGGGAGAGCAUAUAUUACUAUUCCUGGUUCAGACUGUAGCCAGGCAAAGUGUUGAGCACUGUCAGUACCGACCGCCUCGCAUCAGAGAAGACCGGAACCGUAAGGCUGCUAAUGCAGAAGACUCUGAUAUGCCAGACCACGAUCUGGAGCCUCCUCGCUUCGCUCAGCUGGCCCUGGAGAGAGUCCUACAGGAUUGGAACGCCCUCAAAUCUAUGAUCAUGUUUGGUUCUCAGGAAAACAAAGAUCCACUUAGUGCCAGCAGCAGAAUUGCCCAUCUCCUGCCUGAAGAACAGGUGUACUUGAACCAGCAGAGCGGCACCAUUCGCCUCGACUGUUUCACACACUGCCUCAUUGUCAAGUGUGCUCCUGACAUCACCUUCAUUGACACUCUACUGGGGACUCUGAUAAAGGAGCUGCAGAACAAAUACACGCCAGGCAGGAGAGAGGAGGCGGUGGCCGUUACUAGAAGGUUCCUGCGCUCCGUUGCACGCGUGUUUGUCAUCCUCAGCGUAGAGAUGGCUUCCUCCAAAAAGAAAAACAACUUCAUCCCGCAGCCCAUCGGGAAGUGUCGGCGUGUUUUCCAGGCUCUGCUGCCGUACGCGGUGGAGGAGCUGUGCAACGUCGCGGAGUCCCUCAUCGUCCCGGUCAGGAUGGGGAUAGCAAGGCCCACGGCUCCGUUCACGCUGGCCAGCACCAGCAUAGACGCAGUUCAGGGCAGCGAGGAGCUGUUCUCCGUGGAGCCGCUUCCUCCCAGGCCGUCGCCGGACCAGUCCAGCAGCUCCAUCCAAACAGUUGCUUCGUACAUCAUAAGGAAUCCUCAGCCCAGACGGAGCAGCCAGUCUCAACCCGUCAGGGGACGGGACGAGGAGCAGGACGACAUCGUUUCAGCCGAUGUGGAAGAGGUUGAAGUUGUAGAAGGAGUAGCUGGUGAGGAAGACCAUCACGAUGACCAGGAGGAGCAGGGGGAGGAAAACGCUGAAGCUGAAGGUCAACAUGACGAGCACGAUGAAGAUGGAAGUGACAUGGAGUUGGACUUGCUGGCAGCCGCCGAAACAGAGAGCGACAGCGAAAGCAACCACAGCAAUCAGGACAAUGCCAGUGGUCGCAGAAGCGUCGUCACAGCAGCGACUGCCGGCUCUGAAGCAGGUGCUAGCAGUGUCCCUGCCUUCUUUUCAGAGGACGACUCUCAGUCGAACGACUCAAGCGACUCGGACAGCAGCAGCAGCCAGAGCGACGACGUUGACCAGGAGACGUUCCUGCUGGACGAGCCGCUGGAGAGGACGACGAGCGCCUCACACGCCAACACUGCAGCCCAGGCACCUCGCUCCAUGCAGUGGGCUGUUAGGAACACCCCGAGCCAGAGAGCGAGCGGCAGUGGCCCCUCCGCCUCCUCAACACCUGCCGCGAGCUCUACUGGCUUGAUAUACAUCGACCCGACAAACCUGCGGCGCUCCAGCGCAAUCAGCUCCAGUGCAGCAGCAGCGGCAGCGGCGCUGGAAGCCAGCAACACCAGCAGCUACCUGACUUCAGCCAGCAGCCUGGCCCGCGCCUACAGCAUUGUCAUCAGGCAGAUUUCUGACCUCAUGAGUCUGAUUCCCAAGUACAAUCAUCUUGUCUACUCGCAGUAUCCCGCAGCUGUCAAGCUCUCCUACCAGGACGCAGUCAACCUGCAGAAUUAUGUGGAGGAAAAGCUGAUUCCCACCUGGAACUGGAUGGUGUCCAUCAUGGACUCCACCGAGGCCCAGCUGCGGUACGGCUCGGCUCUGUCGUCUGCCGGAGACCCCGGCCACCCCAGCCACCCGCUUCACGCCUCGCAGCACUCGGCUCGGCGCGAGCGCAUGACGGCCCGGGAGGAGGCCAGCCUCCGCACUCUGGAAGGACGGAGGAGAGCAGCAACGCUGUUGACGGCUCGCCAGGGCAUGAUGUCGGCUCGGGGAGACUUCUUGAACUACGCCCUGUCUCUGAUGCGCUCCCACAACGACGAACAUUCAGAUGUGCUUCCUGUUCUGGACGUGUGCUCACUGAAACAUGUGGCCUACGUCUUCCAGGCCCUCAUUUACUGGAUAAAGGCCAUGAAUCAGCAGACCACCCUGGACACGCCACAGAUGGAAAGAAAAAGGAAUCGAGAGAUUCUGGAGCUCGGUUUGGACAAUGAGGAUUCUGAGCAUGAGAACGAUGAAGACACCAAUCAAAGUUCAACCCUGCAGGACAAGGAUGAGGACUCAGUCCCCGCGGAAACGGGUCAGAACCACCCGUUCUUCCGGCGCUCGGACUCGAUGACCUUCCUGGGCUGCAUCCCGCCCAACCCCUUCGACGUUCCCUUGGCCGAGGCCAUCCCAUUGGCAGACCAGCCCCACCUACUGCAGCCAAACGCCAGAAAGGAGGAUCUGUUUGGGCGUCCCUCUCAGGGCUUGUACUCUUCGUCUUACAUGACAACCAAAGGCCUGGCUGAGACGAGCAUGGACAGGAACUGCUUGGAGAUCCUGCCUACGAAGAUGUCGUACACCGCCAACCUAAAAAACGUCAUGAGUAUGGAAAGCGGCCAGCGGAGCACAGAGAACCAGGCGCUGGGCGAGCAGGAGAUGGACACUUCGAAAGCGGGCCCGUCUCCCCGCGACCUCGCUGCCCAGCUGAAGAGCAGUCUCCUGGCUGAGAUCGGCCUCACAGAGAGCGACGGGCCUCCUCUUCCGUCGUUCAGACCGCAGUGCAGUUUCAUGGGGAUGAUGAUUUCACACGACAUGCUGCUCGGCCGCUGGCGCCUGUCACUGGAGCUCUUCGGUCGCGUCUUCAUGGAGGAUGUAGGAGCUGAGCCUGGAUCAAUCCUGACAGAGCUGGGCGGCUUUGAGGUGAAGGAGUCCAAGUUCCGGCGGGAGAUGGAGAAGCUGAGGAACCUCCAGUCUCGAGACCUGGCGCUGGAGGUGGACCGCGACCGGGACCAGCUGAUACAGCAGACCAUGCGCCAGCUCAAUGGCCACUUCGGCAGGCGGUGCACCACCACCCCCAUGGCCGUGCACCGGGUCAAGGUCACGUUCAAGGACGAGCCCGGGGAGGGCAGCGGCGUGGCUCGCAGCUUCUACACGGCCAUCGCGCUGGCGCUGCUCUCCAACGACAAGCUGCCCAACCUGGACUGCGUUCAGAGUGUCAGCAAGGGCAUGCAGGCCAGCAGUACGUGUCAUCACGAUUACAAUUCAAAUCUGAUGCAAAGGUUGAGAAACAGAGAUCGGGAGAGAGAGCGGAGAAGUGGAGGGCUUCGAGCGGGAUCUCGGAGAGACCGAGACAGGGACUCCCGGAGGCAGCUGUCGAUAGACACCCGGCCGUUCAGGCCUUCCUCAGAGGGAAACCCCAGUGACGAGCCUGACCCCCUGCCUGCACACAGACAGGCGCUUGGUGAACGGCUAUACCCUCGAGUUCACGCAAUGCAACCGGCGUUUGCCAGCAAAAUCACCGGCAUGCUGCUGGAGCUUUCUCCUGCUCAGCUGCUGCUGCUGCUGGCCAGCGAGGAUUCCCUGAGGGCCCGGGUGGAGGAAGCCAUGGAGCUUCUCAUUGCACAUGGAAGGGAAAAUGGUGCUGACAGCAUCCUGGACCUGGGCCUCCCUGAAGCCUCUGAAAAAGCACAGCAGCAGGAUAACCGUAAGCGCCAUGGAUCAACACGCAGCGUCGUCGACAUGGAGCUGGACGAUCCGGAUGAUGGCGAUGACAACGCCCCCCUGUUCUACCAGCCCGGCAAGCGGGGCUUUUACUCCCCCCGGCCAGGCAAAAACACAGAGGCCAGACUCAACUGCUUCAGGAACAUCGGCAGAAUAUUGGGGCUCUGCUUGCUGCAGAAUGAACUGUGUCCAAUCACGCUCAACAGACACGUGAUCAAAGUGUUGCUCGGUAGAAAGGUGAACUGGCAUGACUUUGCGUUCUUCGACCCGGUCAUGUACGAGAGCUUACGGCAGCUGAUCCGCCAUUCGCAGACGGGAGAAGCAGACGCUGUGUUUGCUGCCAUGGAUCUGGCCUUUGCUAUCGACCUCUGCAAGGAGGAAGGGGCGGGACAGGUCGAGCUGCUGUCGGGCGGGGUCAACAUGCCGGUAACUCCACACAACGUUUACGAGUAUGUGAGGAAGUACGCAGAGCACAGGAUGCUGGUGGUGGCCGAGCAGCCGCUCCACGCGAUGAGGAAAGGUUUGCUGGACGUUCUUCCUAAAAACGCCUUGGAGGAUUUGACGGCUGAAGACUUCCGGCUGCUGGUUAACGGCUGUGGAGAAGUCAAUGUUCAGAUGCUCAUCAGCUUCACUUCGUUCAACGAUGAAUCAGGGGAAAAUGCAGAUAAACUACUCCAGUUUAAACGAUGGUUUUGGUCCAUAGUAGAAAAGAUGAGUAUGACCGAGAGGCAAGAUUUGGUGUACUUUUGGACGUCCAGCCCCUCUCUGCCAGCCAGUGAGGAGGGCUUCCAGCCAAUGCCCUCCAUUACCAUCCGGCCUCCAGACGACCAGCACCUCCCCACAGCCAACACCUGCAUCUCGCGUCUCUACGUGCCACUAUAUUCUUCUAAACAGAUCCUUAAACAAAAACUCCUGCUAGCAAUUAAAACCAAGAAUUUUGGUUUUGUGUAGAGGUCCCACUGAAAGCUGGAAUAAAAAAAGAGGAAAAAAAGGUUGUUGUGUAAUAUUUACCUAGUUCCAUUUUUGUAGAUUCUUUUUUUUUUUUGUCCAGUUUUAUUAAAUUCAACAUAUGGUCUCUGUCUCCCCAUCAAUUAAUAUUUGUUUGUGUUCUGAACACAAACUGCAUAUUUUAAUUUUUAUAGGUUUUUCUUUGUGGUAAUGAAGAGGUCCAUAACAUUCCUGCAUUGGCACUGUAAAAUGUAAAGCCCACCACUCUUAUUCUAUUGGCUUAAACCUUUUUGCUUCCCAGGAACUGGGUUUGCCAGGAAGCUGUCAGCCGAAAAUCCUAGCCAAAGAUGACAGCAGUAGACAUAUGAACAGGACGAAAAAGACACUGUGGUUACGAUUUUGUUUCCUUCCCUAUGAAAGUACUAUCUGACAGAUCACUGCUGCCUUUGUGGAAAGUUUCUUUUUCUUGUACAGGGGGAGUAGGGAAUUUCAAAAUAAACUUGGAUGUAAAUAAGUUGUC